AAUAUAUAAAUAAUUUUAGCCAAAUGUUGUGUUAGUUUCCUAAAAUGGCGACUUUGAAGUUCAAGCAGCCGUCACCGUAUUCGGUUAAAGCUCCUUCGUCUCCAGAUGAAGAUAUUAAAUACAAAAAAUAUCAGGAACAUUUGAAAUUAGAUCACUCUGGCCAUUCACAGUUCGGUUUCGCUCUAUUUGGUGUUGGUAGAGCUGGAACUAUACAUUUAGCCUUCUUGGUGAAAGAACCUAGAGUUAAAUUGCUCUAUGUAGUAGACGAUGAUAAGCCAAAGUGGGAGAAACUGAAGAAAUAUUGGAAUCUGGAAACCGUCCGCUUUUUGACAAAUGCAGAAUCCAAACUUGUUUACGAAGACCCCAAUGUCCGAGCUGUUGUGGUUGCCUCACCAACAUACACUCACGAGGAGAUAGUAACAAAAGCUCUAAACCAUGACAAAGCAGUUUUUUGUGAGAAACCUGUAGCUGAGGAACACGAUAAAAUCAAAGCUUUGUGCAAUUUAGCAAAGAAAGUGAAGCAGCCGCUAUUUUGUGCAUUUAACCGGCGUUUUGAUCCUUCCUUUGCCGCUAUUAGAGACAGGGUUCGCAGGGGCGAAGUCGGUAAAGUUUCGACCGUGAAAGUCUGCAGUCGCGACUCCCCUUUGCCUUCCAUCGAAUAUUUAAAAAUAUCCGGUGGCAUUUUUCACGACUGCGCCGUUCACGACAUCGACAUGACUUUGUACAUCUUGGGGGAAUACCCGACCAAAGUUAUGGUCAUGGCAAGCGCCAACAUACCAGAAAUUGCCCAAAUCAAUGAUUAUGAUACCGUCGGAAUCAUGCUAUCGUUCGACAGUGGAGCUAUCGGGCUUAUAGAUCUGAGCCGCCACAGCGUUUACGGUUAUGAUCAAAGAGUGGAAGUCUUUGGACAGAAAGGAAUGAUUAAAGCUGAAAAUCAGCUGCCAAUUCACAACGUGGAAACCUACACGGAAAGGAGCGUCAGCAAGGCCCCUAUCGCUUACUCCUUUCCGUCGCGUUAUGCCGAUGGUUAUGAGAUGGAAAUGAGACAUUUCUUGGAUGUUUUGGAAGGUAAAACGACGGUGUGCGUUGACAGUAAUGAUAUCCUCGCAGUGACUCGUAUAGCAUCAGCUUGCGAGGAGGCCGUAAAGACGGGAAAAUGUGUGGAACUUAAAUGGCGAGAUGAUGAGAAACCGAAAUUAGUUUGACGGUGUUAAGCGUUGUAAAAACUCCCAAUAAAUCUUUCGCGCUUUA